AUGGAGGUGAAUGUGGAUUUGUGGCGUGAUAAUAGUCCUCUCCUAGAUGAUGCAAGCCGAUAUAGGAGAUUGAUUGGCAAGUUGAUCUAUCUUACUGUAACUAGACCUGAUAUUACCUUUAUAGUAGGAGUACUGAGCAGCUGUCCGGGAAAAGGAUUGAUGUAUAAAAAACAUGGAUAUUUACACAUCUAUGCCUAUUCUGAUGCUGGGUAUGCGGGAGAUAUUGGAGAUAGAAAGUCUACUUCUGGAUUUUGCACAUUUAUUGGAGGAAAUAUGAUUACCUGGAGGAGCAAUAAACAAUAUGUAGUAUAUCGAUCUAGUGCAGAGAUAGAAUACAGAGCUAUGGCUCAUACUGUUUGUGAGAUGAUAUGGUUACAGAAGCUGCUGAUCGAGCUUGGUUUUACUCAGUCUGAAUCUAUGCCUAUGCAUUGUGAUAAUCAAUCUGCUAUCCAUAUUGCAAAGAAUCUAGUGUUUCAUGAGAGAACUAAGCACAUUGAAGUUGAUUGUAAUUUUGUCAGAGAUGCUUGGGAAAGAAAGUGA